UCAAGCGGAAAUCAUGCAGCAGUCGGAGGUCAGUCCAACUCCCAGAGUUCUUCUUCUGGAGGCCUUUUAUGGCGGCUCUCAUAAACAGCUGAUUGACCUACUGAAGGAAGACAUUAAAGACUGCUCUGUCUUCACACUGCCUGCAAAAAAAUGGCACUGGAGGGCGAGAACAGCAGCGCUGUACUUCAGCCAGGUCAUUCCGACCUGUCCCUCAUACAGAGUCCUGUUCAGCAGCUCGGUUCUGAAUCUGUGUGAGCUUGUGGCUCUCAGACCUGAUCUGGCUUCUUUAAAAAAGGUCCUGUACUUCCAUGAGAACCAGCUGGUUUAUCCAGUUCGCAAAGACCAAGACAGGGACUUCCAGUAUGGAUACAACCAGGUGCUCUCAUGCUUGGUGUCGGAUGUGGUCGUCUUCAACUCACACUUCAACAUGGACUCCUUCCUGUCCAGCAUUCGGUCAUUCAUGAAGAAGAUCCCAGACCACCGACCUAAAGACCUGGACCAGCUGAUCCAUCCUAAGUGUCUGGUUUUGAGCUACCCAAUCCAGUUCCCUGAUGUCAACAGUGUGCUACCUGACCACAAACAAGUUAGACGUCUUUAUGGCUCUGCAGAGACAUCUCAAGCUGAUGGCAUCAUCGGUCCACAGGACCAGCAGCAGACAUCGGAGUCUGACCUCAGAACCAUUCAGACACGUGUCAGUGGGGCGGAGUCUGCAGAAAAGGAGAAACCUCUGCACAUUGUCUGGCCUCACAGGUGGGAACAUGAUAAAAACCCUGAGCUGUUCUUCAACACUCUACUGAAACUUAAAGAGCAGCAGCUCAGCUUCCAUGUGUCGGUGCUGGGAGAGACGUUCACACAGGUUCCAGAGAUCUUCUCCUCGUCUCGUCGCCUCCUUGAAGCAAAUAUUCUGAACUGGGGCUUCGUGUCCAGUAARGACCAGUACCUGCAGGUGCUGUGUGACGCUGAUGUGGUCGUCUCCACCUCCAAACAUGAGUUCUUUGGUGUCGCCAU